ACGCUUUUGGACUGGUAACAAUUUCUCCAAACUCCCUAAGUAAAAUGCCUCGGUGUGUUGCUUUUGGAUGCAAAUUCCAGUCCAAUAACAAUAAGGGGAGUGACGAGAGUCUCCACAGAUUUCCUGUUGACAAGAAGAAGCGAAAAGUUUGGGAAAAUGCCUGUAGACAGACAUCAUUUCCCAAAGACCCAAGGCUUUGUUCUCGCCAUUUUUCUCCUAACGCAUUUGAAAAUUUUAGCCGACGCCAACUUAUGAAAGAGCUCACCGGAGAGGCUGGAUAUAAGCGGAGACUAAAACCAGAUGCUGUUCCGACUAUUUUCCCUCACAAGAAGCCUAAAAGACCUCGUAUAGCGAGUGAAAUGCGCGCAAUUAAGCGGCAAAAACAAGAAACUCUGUCCGCUCUUUUAAGCGGCCAAGCCGCUCCUGCAGGGCCUCCGGGCGUACCACCGGUCAAAAAGGAAGCUAACAAUCCACUUGUGUCAGUUCCUUGGAAAAAAAGUGUGUCGGUUCAGUAUUCACCUAAUAUGAGUGAUGCUGCCACUCAAACGGAUUCAGACACGAUGCAGUACGAUGCAGCUGUACAGUGGCCAGCUGAUGCUCGCCGAGAUUUACUUUUGGACCACACUUACGUACAUAGACGUCAGUUGGAUGUACAAAACAACUUGGACACUCGAUCCCUGGAUUUGUUCCAGUCAGAUGACGAAUUGAAUGAGGACAGUCAGCCACCACACAAUUCUGAUCCGGACGACAAUGUAAGUUCAUCAGAGACCUCUCAAAGCACACGUGCUUCAUCUGACACAGGUAACGCAGACAAAGUUUUCCUGGUUUUUGAGGAACAGUUAAAAGAAUUACUUCAGCGUUGUUUAAAAUGUGGUUCCCUGAUUGCUCAGAAACAUGUGGAAGAUCUGCAAAACGAAGGCUCACAGUUAGCAUUUGAGCUUACAUGUGCAAAGGGCUGUUGUUACAGAUGGAUGUCUCAGCCUACUCAUAUUGGGACCAUGGGCAAAGGAAACCUGCUUUUGGCAGCGUCCGUUUUCUUCAGUGGCAUCCAUUUUGCUAAAUUUAAACGUUUUUGUGAUAAUAUGAACCUCAAAACAAUAUGUGAAGACACAUACGUAACACUGAGGAAGAGAUUUUUGUUUCCCGUAGUUGAAAAGACAUGGGAAAAUGAGCAAAGUGCAGUUUUAACUAACAUGAAAUCAAGAAAUGAAGUUGUGCUUUGUGGAGAUGCUCGGCGUGACUCACCUGGCCACUCAGCAAAGUACUGCACAUACACUUUUUUAGAUGUGCAUAGUCAUAAAGUUGCUGAUUUCAAGGUAAUAAACUGCACCAGUGUUUCUAGCUCUAAUACCAUGGAGAUUCACGGUUUUAAGGAAGCUCUUAAAACCAUCGAAGGAAAGGGAGUGAAGGUGUCGACAAUCUCCACUGAUAGACAUCCACAAAUUGUGAAGGAAAUGCGGGUUUCCAAUUCAGAAAAAUGCCAUCAAUUUAAUCCCUGGCAUGUAGCAAAGGAAGUGGCAAAACAGUUGUAUGCUGCCGCUAAAAAAAGGGGGUGCGAGGGCCUCGGAGAGUGGAUCCCAUCCAUCGUAAAUCAUUUCUGGUGGAGUGCACACACCUGUGGGGGUGAUAGUCAAGUCUUGAAAGAGAAGUGGGUGUCGGUGAUACACCACGUUACCAACAAACACAACUGGCCAGGGAACAGACACUAUCACCGCUGUGCUCACAAGCCCCUGGAUGAGCCAAGCCAGAGAUGCAAGCGGUGGUUACAGCCAGGAUCCGAAGGCCACCGAGCUCUUGUGAAGACCGUUGAAGACGAGCGGCUUUUGAGAGAUCUGGAUCUUCUGACAAAGUGCAUUCACACAUCAUCACUAGAGGCAUACCGCUCCAUGUACCUCAAAUACCUUCCAAAGAGAACUCAUUUUGGAUAUGACGUGAUGAUCCAUGCCUCCAUGCUUGCUGCUCUGGAUCAUAACAACAAUGCAAACGCGGAACAGGCUGUUAACCAAGAUGGGGAGAUUGUCAGUGAACCCAAGUUCAAAAUCUCAUGGCGCCAGAAGAGAUUGAGGGAAAGACCAGCGGCUGUUCAGAAGGACUACAGAUACAUGAUGGCUAUGAUGGCAGAUGUUCUCUCCUCUGUAUCAGAUUAAAACCCGGGCAGGGACGUUACAGAACUUAUAACUCAUAUGGCGCCAAAAGAAAAGACUGCACAGAUCAAAGAAAUUCUCACGUUACAAGUAGUUCACCUAUCAUUACAUACCUAUGUUCAACAUCAUCCGCCGUAGUUCUCUUCUCGUUGUGCAUUCUGAAUGAUGACAUUAAAGGUGUUCAAUUCAAUGUUCACACCAGCGUUUAUUUAAAAUCCAGUGACUUCAAAAUUCCAAUACAAAAUAUUAAAGUUCUGAAUAAAAUCU